ACGAUUCAAAAAUGCCUCAGUCAUACGAAGGUCGCAAGGUGCUGCUUCUAGGAAGCGGAUUCGUCACCAAGCCAACUCUCGAUAUCCUCAGCAAUGACGGGGUCCACGUUACAGUCGCUUGCCGCACUCUCGAAUCUGCGAAGAAGCUUUGCCAAGGCAUAAAAAACACCACUCCAAUCUCCCUUGACGUGAACAACAGCGAAGCUCUCGACGCUGAGCUUUCCAAGAAUGACCUUGUCAUCUCCUUGAUCCCGUAUAUCCAUCAUGCUACUGUGAUCAAGGCGGCUAUCCGUACUAAGAAGAAUGUUGUCACGACAUCGUACGUCUCACCCGCAAUGUUGGAGUUGGAGAAGGAGGCCAAGGAGGCAGGAAUUACUGUCAUGAACGAGAUUGGUCUUGAUCCCGGUAUUGAUCAUCUCUAUGCCGUUAAGACUAUCACUGAGGUCCACGCCGCUGGCGGCAAGAUUACUUCUUUCCUUUCAUACUGCGGUGGUCUCCCCGCACCUGAGUGCUCCGACAAUCCUCUGGGAUACAAGUUCUCAUGGUCUAGCAGAGGCGUCCUUCUUGCUCUUCGCAAUGCCGCAAAAUACUAUAAGGACGGCAAGAUCGAGUCUGUCUCCGGCCCUGAGCUAAUGGGCACUGCUCAGCCGUAUUUCAUCUACCCCGGCUUUGCCUUCGUCGCCUAUCCCAACCGUGACUCAACAAUGUACAAGGAGCGCUACCACAUCCCUGAAGCCGAGACCGUGAUCCGUGGCACCCUCCGCUUCCAGGGAUUCCCGGCAAUGAUUCGUGCCCUCGUGGACAUCGGAUUCCUUAGCGACGAGCCCAAGGACUACUUGAAUUCUCCAAUUGCCUGGAAGGAGGCCACCAAGCAAGUGCUCGGCGCCUCAUCCUCUGAUGAAAAGGAUCUCGCCUGGGCUAUCUCCUCCAAGACGGAAUUCCCAUCCACCGAGGAGAAAAACCGCAUCAUCGCAGGUCUCCGCUGGAUUGGCCUUUUCUCCGACGAGAAGAUUACCCCUCGUGGCAACCCUCUUGAUACCCUCUGCGCAACCUUGGAGCAGAAGAUGCAGUACGGCCCUGGUGAGAGGGAUAUGGUUAUGUUGCAGCACAGGUUUGAGAUUGAGAACAAGGAUGGCAGCAAGGAGACCAGAACAAGCACCUUGUGCGACUAUGGUGAUCCAAAGGGCUACUCCUCGAUGGCUAGAUUGGUUGGUGUGCCCUGUGCUGUUGCUGUUAAGCAGGUCCUUGAUGGGACCAUUAGUGAAAAGGGUAUCCUUGCACCCAUGUCUAUGGAGAUCUGCGCCCCAUUGAUCAAGGCUCUCAAGGAAGAGUACGAUAUUGAAAUGAUUGAGAAGACCCUCUAA